CCCUUAUGGCCCAGGAAGUGUUAAGAGAACAUAUAAAACAGGUUGGACAAAGCUAAAUAUUCCUCUGUAAUAUGGGAUUGAAUGUGUGAUGAAAGUCAUUCUAAGACAAUGCCAUUUAUAGUGAGAUUUGUUGACAAAGAUGGAGGAAAGAGUUGUGUAAAAUAAUGCUUCAUAGGACUGGGGGCAGUUCAUGAAUAAACUGGAACUCUUGCUGAAAACGCUUAGGAACAACAACAUUAACAGUAAGAACUGCUACAGCCAAGCUUAUGAUAAUGGUGCCAACAUGAAGAGUGGAAGAAAAGAUGUCCAGGCAAGACUACGUACACUGAACUAAUGAGUUUCAGAUGCAUCCUCCUCAUCAAAGGAUUCUAUUAACCCUUUUGGCACGCUGCAGUGCAUCUUGGUGCUAUUAUUUGUUCAGUGGUGGCAGAUGUUAGAAGACAAUGUGCCCAACCUCACAAUGAAGCCCUGAGUAGCACUUUCCAGGAAAGUCGCCUAGAAAACAUGAAGCCUAUUUGAUCUCAAACAAAAGAAGUUCAUGAUGUUCUGAUGGAAGUAGCAGAGUUGCCUCAAGGAGAUGCAGGUCUCUGCCAUGCAGCCUGUGCCUAGCAGACCAGCCAAUGGACUUCAGGUUCUUGAGAUAGUACGGCAUUCUCUUGUAUGUGAAUAUUGCAAGUAUGGAUUUGUGAUGCUCUACAGUGUGUUGAGAUUUGAUUAGAUGCUAGGAGAGGAUAUAUUUAUUAGAUAUUAUCCUUUGUUCCUCAUGUUAGUGAGUUCAGCAGAGUGCGAUGCUUUUGCAGCUUAAAAGGAAGCUUGGAUAGGCUAGUUUUAACCCUUUAGUAAUAAUAAUCUAGGAUGCUUUAAGGCAGACUGGAUUUUCCUGGUAUUUCCCCCUUUUCUGCCCCUCAAAAUAAUAACCACACACAGACAAUAUAGAAAAAAAGUGAAAAUAAUGUUUACUCAGUCUACGUCUUCAAGAAUAGCAGAUACAGCAGCAUGAUGUAGGCAAGCUUAAAGUGCUAAUUGAGUGACUAACAGAUACCAAAGUCUAGCUUAAAAAUGGAGCCUGAGCUGGAGCUCAGACUGAUGCUUUCAUUUUGCAGACAUGAUGGGAAAUCGAGUGUGUCCACAGGCAGGGAGGAGCAUAUUAAGAUACAUCUCUUUCUUUUCUGGGCAUAUAAAGGGAAGUGAUCUCGCAGAUCUCUCUAGUAAAUACUACAGGGAAACUCAAUGAGCUUCAGCCCCUAUUAUGUGCCUAUCUAGGAAAACAUGAAUUGUUGAUUUGACUGUAAUAAGUAUCCCACACAAUGGACAUCAUAACUGCUGCCUUCCUCAUGAGAAAAUGUGUGGUGUUCAUCAAAUUGUACAGGGAAAGUGAUUAUGCAGAGGUGGUUUUUAGCACAGUGACAGAAACCCUUGAUGCUGAGCCCCUGUAAGCACUGCAAGAGGAGGCAGUAUGACUAUGAGAAUCAGACACACUGUAAGGAGUGCAGUCAUCCAGAAGCAGUGGUGGAGAGCAGGCGGGGGUGGGGCUGGUGUGCGUCCUGGGGGUGGGGCACGCUGCCCACAGGGUUGUGGGGUGUGACCUGGGGGCGGGGCGCCCAGCGCAGGUGGGGGGGAGCCAGCCGCGAUGGCACCCUGCUGGGAUCACGCUGCUGGGGGUGGGGCGCUCCCCCCCACUCCUCUUCCUCCGCCAGUGUCCAGAAGAAAUCUUUAAACAGGAGUCCUCCUACACUCUUAUUGACACUGCUCAUGUUUCAGUUGAAGAGCAAUUUGAGCAGCCUGAAUCUCACAAAAUACAUGGAGAUUCUUGUACCACCUUGAAAAGCUACCAGAACAGAUGCUUACCACUCAUUGUAUGAAUCUAUGCAGAGCACCACCAAUGGCAACCACUUCAACAUUGAGGGGUGCAGAUCUUUGUGUUGAGCUGGGCCAUCUCUGUCGCACUCUACUACCUGGAAUAGACUAACCACAAGAUGCCCUGCAGUGUGCGCAUGGCACCAAAAUGACUGGUGUCUUACCAAAUAGCUGGGUAGCACUACAAAUUCUCUUGAGGCUUCCAGUUGUAUUUGCUAGUGGUGAGCUUCUUAAAAUGGAAGCUCAUCAAACCACACCUGUAUUUACCAUGGCAGAUGAGAGGUUCACAUCACUUGCUGUCUGAUCCAUCAAGAAUGGCAUUGCUAAAAAAUCUUGAUCCUUCAGCUAGUUUGCUAUGGUUGCACAAGCCAAAGCUAAACAAAAACAAAAAACGCAGAAGAACUCUCACAAGUUUUACCUUUAGUAAAUUUUUUUUGGCUUUGUAGCAUUUCUUAUAUUUUGGUACCCUUUCUUUAUUUCAGAAUACAAAUUUUUACUCUUUAAAAAUAAUAAAUAAAAGUUGUAAAUAAAAGAAAUAUCCAGCUGGUUUCUUACAGUUUAUAGCUAUAUUUUAUUUUUGUUAUAUAUAUAGUGCUUAUAAUUUUUAUAGUAUUUGAAGUGCUAGCCACUUACCACCUUGCCUCAAAGAAAAAUGGUGUCCACUGAUUUUUACCCAGCACAAAUAACAUCAAAAUGGAAAUUAAAGACAACAACAACAACAACAACAAAGAUAAUGGAAUGAAUAUCAUUUUUGUAGUUAGUAUCCAAAGAAAUUUUAGAAACUUGGGAAAAUACAGGUUACAUUUUAAAUGUUUUAAAAUAGUUUUUAAUCUGUGGCAAUUAUUAUUAUUAUUAUUAUUAUUAUUAUUAUUAUUAUUGUUGUGUUGGGGGGUGAGAUAAACGUUUAGCUGGGGUUAGGAAUUAUUUUAGUAUAACUGUAAUUUUUAUUUUACUUUUAGUUUCUACUGUUGCAUUGGUUUAUUGUAUAGUCUGUAUAACAUAUUCUGUUCUGUUCCCAUUGCUCAGCCCGGACACUAAGGUCCAGCUCCAAGGGCCUUCUGGCAGUUCCCUCACUGCAAGAAGCGAGGUUACAAGGAAUCAGGCAGAGGGCCUUCUUGGUGGUGGUGCCCACCCUGUGGAACGCCCUCCCAUCAGAUGUCAAGGAAAUAAGCAACUAUCUUACUUUUAAAAGACAUCUGAAGGCAGUCCUCUUUAGGGAAGUUGUUAAUGUCUAACGUUUUACCAUUUUUUAUGUGCUGCAAGCCAUCCAGCCAGAUGGGAAGGGUAUUAAUAAUAAUAAUAAUAAUAAUAAUAACGACACCCUAGCUCACUGCAGACAGUACACUGAGCUCAGCUUGGUGACCAUCCAGCUUGUGUAUCCCUGUAUGGUCAGGGGCAUACCUAAGGGUUGGUUAGGUUGGCACCUGCCUGGGGUGUGUGUAUUUGUGCGUGCACCAAAAACCAUGCCUCUCCACUCUGGCUUGGAGUGACUAGAAGCCCACCUGCCCACAUGCUCCCCAGUCCACUCCUCCACUGCUCUGGGUGGCUUGGCAAGGCACACAGACUCCUCUGCCAAAGGUGCAAGUGAUUUUAGGGGGGGGGGUUACCAACACAGCUCCUUGCCAAGGGCAAAAUGGUGCCUAGGAACACCUCUGUGUAGAGUAGGCUACAUUCCACACAAAAGGAAGACAUUUAUGGGAAGCAAGUUAUCAAAAUUCUGGGAAGCAAGUUAUCAAAAUUCAAGGACACAUUUCACCCAGGCAGAAGCACUCAAUGAGGGUUAGUGAGGGGUGUGGCUUAUGGGGUGGGGGUGUGAGUUCUGGAAGGCCAGGCUAUAGUUCAGCCCACCUGGGGUAGCUGCUGACAGAAAAGACUCCUGGCUGCUGUGGAUCUUAGAGGCACUGCCCAAUCAGAGGAGACAAUAUUGAACUGGUCUGAUCUGGUAUAAGGCAGAUUCUUAUACAGUGGUACCUCGGCUUAAGUACUUAAUUCGUUCCGGAGGUCUGUACUUAACCUGAAACUGUUCUUAACGUGAAGCACCACUUUAGCUACUGGGGCCUCCUGCUGCUGCUGCACCGCCGGAGCACAAUUUCUGUUCUCAUCCUGAAGCAAAGUUCUUAACCUGAAGCACUAUUUCUGGGUUAGCGGAGUCUGUAACCUGAAGCGUAUGUAACCUGAGGUACCACUGUAUUGUGUUUUGUUUUGUUUAGUUUUGUUUUAGAGAUCUGGAUCUCUGAUGACGUUGUGUCUUUUAGGCUUGACUGGCAUUGCUCAGCGGUGGGACUGAGAAGACUCAAGUUUGAAUCCUCACUCAGUCACGAAGCUCGUAAGAUGGUGCCACUAUUAAUUGGACCUGCCUCAAAGGGUGUUGUGAGAGGAGGGGGCAGAGAUACUUAGCAGAAAGUUGGGAGAAAGGAAGCAAAUAAAUACCUUAGAGGCAUGUAUGUUUAAAAACGACAUCCUGCCAUGCUGUGGCACAGAGAACCAACUCUGGAGCUUAGCUCUAGCUCAGAUUAAGGCAUGGUGAACAUUGUUAUUGUUGUUGCUGUUUUGUUAAUUAAUAAAAUGUGUAUACCACCCUUCAUCUGAAGAUCACAGGGUGGUUCACAAGAUAAAAAUGCAAAAUGAGAACACAAAAUGCAGCUGGGUGAGGACUGGUGUUAUAUGAUCAAACCUCACUCCAGUCACAUUCAAAGGCAGCCCCAUAUAUAAUGCAUUACCGUAAUUUAACCUAGAGUUUACCAGAGUUUAGGCAGCAGAAGCCAGACUAUCCCAACCCAGAUAAAGUUGCUACUAGCAGAAGCUGGUGCAAGGCACUCUGAGCCACUAAAGACUCUUGUGCCUCCAGUGACAGCGGUAGACCCAGAAGUACCCCCAAACUGUGCACAGGCUGAACUCCACCUAUCCAGUCAAAGGAGCCACACACAAUCCUUCAAUCUUAUCUGGAAUGAGCUUCAAUUUAUUGGCUCUAAUCCAGCUCACCACGGGAAAUGAAUGCUGGUCUAGCUAAUUCACUGCCAUACCUGCCACUGUAAAGGAGAAUUAGGGUUAAAUGCACCUGAGUGGGGGUGGGCAGGCAGGGAGUAGUAGUAUCAGAAACAUGCCCAACUGUAGAUUUAUAUGAAGUAGCUGCAUUCACACAGCACUUUAUUCCAUUUUCCUGAUGUUAAUUUCCACAUUAUAUUUGAGCUUUCAUAUGAAUUAAAGCCACUUCCAGAAUACACAAGAAUAUAGAACAUAACAUGGAAAUGAGCACUAAACUUUAUCUGUAUUCCACUAUAUUUCUGGAAGUGGCUUUUGCAUUGUGUGAAAGCUCAGAUAUAUUGUGGAAAUUAACAGUUACAGAAAUGUCGGGGAAGGAACAAGCCGCCCUACGAAUGCAACUCUUGUCACACUGACCAUUCAGCUGUGUCCCUUUCCUAACAUUUCUUACCAGGGGAUUUAGAUUUUUCACUGCUGCAUAUUGACCUGGCCAUUUUCAUCAAGCUAUCAACAUAAAAAUAUAAUAAUGAGAAUAGAAACCCAGAGAUUUAAUCCUUACGUGGCCAAAAUGGCACCACUCACGGACAAGGGGGAACCUCUACAUUUUGUAUAGGUGCAGAACAUCAUUCCGGGGAAGACGAUUCCCCCCCCCCCCCAAAAAAAAACACCUUAGCGAGGCGAAGCCUGAGCCUGCAGAGUCGGCUCAUAAGGCUAACUGUUUGGGUCCAAUAACGGGCGGGCGGGGAAGGAAAGUCCAGGGAAAGGGCGUGGCUGGCUAGAACCCUGGACAGUCGUGCUAUGCACUGCAACACUUUAUUGCAGGUAAUAGUAACAGUGAAAUUGCAUCUUUAAAGAAACAGCACGACAAAAGACGUGACGGGUUGCGAACUAGGCGUGGCUAAAAGGGAAGGGGAGGGGCCCAGUCGUUCCACGGGAAAUACUCGGGCCCCCUGCACUGGGAAGGCCGGAAAAGGCAGGGGGUGGCUGGCUGGCCGGGGAAAGGCUCCGCCUGCCCGCCUUCCCUUUGCGCAGAGAGCCUCGCUCUGCUCCUUUGGCACCCAGUCCUUCGAGCUGUCGUAGCUGCGUCAGAGCCUCCCGGCCGUAUAAAUAGGAGCGAGCGUGAGCAGCAGUCCGCAGAGCAGCCUCUCCCCUUCUGUUAGACGGCGGCAUCUUCUCCUCUUCCUCUUUCUCCCCUUCUCGCAGCGCCCGAGCGGCAGCCGACACUAUGAGCACCUACGGCUACGAGACUUACUUCCCGUCGUACAAGCGGCGCUACGUGGACAGCUCCCGGGUGCACCUGUCCAGCGCACGGAGCAGCAGCGGCGGCGGCGGCUAUGGGGUGGCUCGCUCCACUUACUCGAGCCUCUCGGCGCCCGUCUCGUCGGUGUCGGUGCGCCGGAGCUACACGUCGUCGUCCUCUUCCCUGCUGCCCUCGGUGGACAGCCUGGACCUGACCCAGGUGGCGGCGAUCAGCAACGACCUGAAGACCAUCCGGAGCCAGGAGAAGGCUCAGCUGCAGGACCUGAACGACCGCUUCGCCUGCUUCAUCGAGCGCGUCCACGAACUGGAGCAGCAGAACAAGGUGCUGGAAGCCGAGCUGCUGGUGCUGCGGCAGAAGCACUCCGAGCCGUCGAGGUUCCGCGCGCUUUACGAGCAAGAGAUCCGCGAGCUGCGCCUGGCCACCGAGGAGGCCACCCACGAGAAGCAGGCGCUGCAGGGCGAGCGCGAGAGCCUGGAGGAGACCCUGCGGGCCAUGCAGGCGCGCUACGAGGAGGAGAUCCUCAGCCGCGAGGACGCCGAGGCCCGCCUGCUGGAGGUGCGCAAAGGCGCCGACGAGGCGGCGCUGGCCCGCGCCGAGCUGGAGAAGCGCAUCGACAGCCUCCUCGACGAGCUGGCUUUCCUCAAGAAGGUGCACGAGGAAGAGCUGGCCGAGCUCCAGGCCCAGAUCCAGUACGCUCACCUCUCCGUCGAGAUGGACGUCUCGGCCAAGCCGGACCUCUCCUCCGCCCUGCGCGACAUCCGCGCCCAGUACGAGAAGCUGGCGGCCCGCAACAUGCAGAACGCCGAAGAGUGGUUCCGCAGCCGCUUCACCGUCCUCACCGAGAGCGCCGCCAAGAACACCGACGCCGUCCGCGCCGCCAAGGACGAAGUCUCCGAGAGCCGGCGCCUCCUCAAGGCCAAGACGCUGGAGAUUGAAGCCACCCGUGGCAUGAACGAAGCCCUCGAGAAGCAGCUGCAGGAGCUGGAGGAAAAGCAGAACGCCGACAUCGCCUCCCUCCAGGUGGGUCUUUAUCCUUUUAUUACACGGACACCCCCACCAUUCUUCCAAGGCAAAGCGCUGGCGACUGGUCCAGGUCACCCACUGAGCUUUAAUGGCUGAGUGCUGGGGAUUUGUAGGUCCUGGUGGCACUCUCGACCCAGGGAUGGGGAGCCUGUGCUCUUCCAGAGCCCACCAGCUUAGCUGGCUGGGACUGAUGAGAAGUGGAGUGCAACAACCUCUGGAGGACCGCAGGUUUCCAAUCCCUGGCUCUUAGGAUGCUGGUGGAGUUUUUGUUGAGCGCAUUUCAUUUGCAACCAGACAGAAGGGAGGAGAGAGCAUGGAUGAGAGGAGCCAACCCAAUACACUUUUUUUUUUUUUUGCUGUCCAAGGCCCUGCAGCAAAUGGUGUCCUUCUCUCCCCUCUCCCAGAAGGAAACGAAGUACAACUGCAGUCCUAUACUCACUGAGUAGAUCUGCAUUGGAGUGCAUGAUUAAUAACUAUCAGUUUGCUGCCCUUUCAUGACACCUCAAAAUCAGCUGCCUGGGGCAACUACCUCACUGCCUCAAGGUAGCAGCCACCCACCCCACCCUGCCCAUGGGAGGAGGUAUCCUCUCCUCUGCAACUGAGUGGGGAGAAGCUACCGCUGGCAUCCCCCCCCACUCUGUUUCCUUUGUAUGAAAGAGUGUCUCCAUGCUUUAUGCAGCCAUGAGUGUGGAUAUGCCUCCCCACCCCCAAGAUGGGUGACAGGAUUUUUAUUAGAGAAAAAAGCACAGGGGGAAAAGGUUAACUUUCCCUUCUCCAGCAUAGACACACUGCUUUCAGACUUUGAAAAGCACAGUUGUGUGUGUCUUUCAACACCUUUGUACUUUGGCUUGGGCAGCUGCUAUCCAAUGAUAGGGUCCAAGGUGGGUGUAAGGAUGUGCAGCUCUCAUCCAGACAUUUUCUGUUUGCCAGAGGACACAAUGGGUGUGUCUGCAGCAGACAUUUCUGCUGCACAAGGCAGACCCACUCUGACUUGACAGACUUCUUAAGCACUGACUGGGAAGCCACUUCCGAUGCCAUCAAUGGCACUUACUUCCAGGUGGCAUCUUCUCAUUUAAGGUAGAGUGUUUGGGACCCCUGAGACACAAGCUUGAAGUGAGUCAACCCCAGAACUUGUUCAGCUAGAAAAUGCAUAGAAAUAGCCCAGUGCUCUUAAUAACAGUCCACGUGGCAUGUGUGCUUGCUAAUGAAUAGGUAUUAGCAUGGUUUCUCUCCUUGCUCCCCAUCCCCAAUUUUUAUUUUCCAAGCAAUUUUGUAUUGUGGCAUUCCCCCCCCCCCAUAUCAAUGUGGAGAUUCAGUCAGAUUAAGACUGAACUGUAUGAUUGGGCAGGAAAAAAUGAUGUCUCUCCAUGUGUGGCAUGAGGUUGCCAACUAUCUACUUUGCACCCCCAUUUUUCUCUCCUGUGCAAGUAUGUAAUUUGACUGUGAAUCUUAAGUAAAUUCUGCUGAAACCAAAGGAGGGUGGUCUAGAACCCCACCCUAAUCCACAGCUCAAGAUGCUUGGGAUUUAGCCUAUUAUAAUGCAAAGUGGAAAGAAGUUUGCUUGGGUACAUGGUUUUAAUGGACUAUGCUUCCAGGAAAGUGGCUUUAGAAAACAUUGGCCAACCUCAUGGAUUUCCAUGAGAUUUAUCUGUGCAGUCCCAUAAGCACUCACUUGGUAGUUGGGCUAUGUCAUAGUAAACACAAAUGUCAAAUAUCUGUUUAAAUUCUGCUUAGAUUGUGAAUUAGGCUGCUUGUUUGGGUCUUUAGGAGGUUCUGAGAAAGUGGUGGCGGCAAAUAACAGUCAGUCUCUUCACAACACCCUUUGAAUCAAAUAUGUGCCCUUUAUCAGGUUACCACAUGACACAUCUAAGGAGAAGGAAACAGGUCCUUUCCACCGCAUAUCACUUUAGGCAUUAUUAUGUAUUAUCUGUCACUUUUGCCCAUAGAUGCACCACCAGGCAAAUCUUGCUGAGUUUGUAAAAGUCACCCAUCAAAUGGCAAUGUCCCCUGUAUCCAUCACCCCUUGAUAACUUGCUUCUCAAUCAGUCCAUGUUAGAUGUUUGAGACAUUUUGGGAUACACACAAGUUCAAUACUGCCAUGAUUAAAGUGUUUAAGUUGGCUAAAAUUCAUGCAUUCCAUUUAAUACAUUUGGAGAAUGUAAUUCUUGUCUCUUGUCCUAGACAAAGAGCUAGGUUUUCUGAUCCCAACAAAACGUGGCAGCAGCCUCCAAGUAGGUAAUGGUGCAAUGCACCAACAUCUGCUGGAGGAUGCACCAACAUCCGCCUCCACUUCUGCCCCACCCAGUUUAACCUGGGAGCUGUCCAGCACACCAGGGUCUGAAAUCAAUGCCUGCUUGCUGCAAUACAAGAUUCCUAGCCAUGUAACAAUGUUGUCUAUCCCUUUUAUUCUUAAAUUCUAAGGCACCAGCUGUAUCACCACACACCACACAAACCUAUCUAGAUUUAAGCCAACUUAUUCCCUGGAGUCUUUAAUAUUUAAAGGGAACUAAAUAAUCUUUGUAGCAUCAUAUGACUGGAGGUUGAGUCUAAUCUAGUCCCUUGAUUCUAAUCUAGUCCCUCGUGAUAUGGCAUAAUUCAGAAUCAAAAUCUUAAAUCUAGAAUCCAAUUUAUCUAGCUCAAUUCAUUUUUAAACUAGGCUGUAUGGGAGGUUUUGGAGUUGGUAGAGAUUUUAAAAAUGCAAUUUCUUGUUACACUAAGACCUAAAUUCAGGGUCACCCCAUAAUUUAUUGAACAAAGUUUGGUAAGAACAAGAGCAAAUGAACUUAAACCCUUGUAAUGCGUCUGACUUAAAUUUUCUUCUGUUUUAAUUCUUGUUACUUUGUGGUGCCUUGCAAGCAAAAAAAAGAAAAGAAAAAAAAGAUAAAUGGACAGUGCUAAGAAUACAUUAAAUAGUAAGUUCCAUUGUUGUUGUUUUUAAAUGGAAAGUUCUCAAAAUGAAAAAAGAGGGGGGAAACCACCUUUCAAAACUGAUAUGGAAAUGAUACGGAAAAACUGAUAUGAAACUCCUCACUUUGGCAGCUAUAUAAUAUAUUCCCAGUUCAAUAUAUUCCUGCAUUGCAGGGGGUUGGACUAGAUGACCUUUCAGGUACCUUCCAACUCUACAAUUCUAUGAUUCUAUCUAUGAUUCAAUGAUAUCUGCAGGGAUAGAGAGAGAAAAAAAUCUGUUAUAAAAUGCUCCCUGUUAUAAAACAAAGAAUUAGAAAUACUCCAGUUAAUUCAGAUACAACUGUUACAAUUUAAUAGGCAGCACAAACUAUAAACUGAUUAAGCUUCAGCUUUUGGAUCAAAACUAUACAUACAAUACAAUCCUAAGCAUACUUACUCAGAAGUAAGUCCCGUUGCAUCCUUUGUCUCAUUAUAAGCAACGAAGUUAAAACUAGCAUAAAACCAAAUGUUCCAGUUUCACUGGACUUAGCAUUAUAGUCAACAGCUAAAAUCGAAUACAUGCUAUUAACAAUGUAUAAUUAAAGUACUAUUCAGUUGCAUGAAUAUAAUUUUAAGUCUGGGUGUGAUUCUUCAUAAGGAGUACAUUAAAAUAAAUGAUGUUUCUUUGUUUAUGCCAUGCCUAUUUGUUAUUAUGCUGGAAGACUGAACUAAAAAGCUGAUAUCCCAUGAAGAGGAAACUGUGUUAAUUCUUCAUGACUUUCAUUAGCAAGAUCAUGCUGAAAAAUUCAAAAGAUACAGGGAGAAUUAAUGAUAAGCGCAGGAAAAAAGAACUACCGGGAGCUCAUUAUGCAUUAAACAACCCUCUAAAUGUAGCCUUUGAGGACUGCAACUAGAAUACAUUCUUGUCAAUUUGACCUACAAUUUAGUAAAAUAGCAGCAGCUGAAUUUAAGAUUGACUGUUUCUGGAGUUUGAUCUGAUGAAACAAGUUCCAGAAUCAUAGCCAUAUUACUCUGUUGCUGCAAAACUAGUCUUUUUGCACAAUAUAAGGACCAACACAUUUAUUAUGGCACAAGCUUUUGAGGACUCAAAUCCACUUCACCAGAUGCACUGCCUAGCCCUCGGGUUCCCAUCAUGGCAUGCAUGGGCACCACCACAAUCUCAGAUAAUCCUUGGUACUCAACAAGGUUCCAGGCCCCUCUGAAGUUUUAAGCUUCUUUUUUUAGUGUAUUUUUGUUUUGGUUGCUUGGGGAAAGUGUGUCUGUUUUGGGAUGUAUUGCCUGUUUCUUUCUAUCUCUGAUUUCUUUGGGUUUGAGGGAGGGGGGAGGUUUUGAGCACCACUAAUUUUUCUUCUUUGAAACAGGCAUCUUGCGAGCCUCUUAGAUGUGCCCCCAGACCCAAAAAGGUUGGGAGCACUUCAUCUAGCCCAUGAAAUCUGAUGUGACAAUGUUUCUUAGUCUUUAAGGGGCUGCAAGAGUGCAAACUUACCUAUACCAGCAGUGAGUCAAAGUGAGUUCAAUGGGACGUUCUCAUAAGUUUGUAGCCUUAGUUGGUUUUUGAAUGAGACCAGCAUUAUAAGAAGAUUUUCUCCAAUCUACAGCAAGUAACGUAAAGAAAGCAAAGGGAAUAGGUGUGUCUUGGGCUUCUGUGGAUUGUGCCCAUUAUGUAGAAGCAAGUUCUGUUAGGACAAGUUAGGUAUAAACUCGCUUUCUUUAAAUCUUAAGUCAAUUUAACAAAAUUUGUGGACCAGGUUUCUAGCCCCAUUCUUAACCAUGGAUAACGCCAACAAAUUCAGCAGUGGAAAAAAAAUGAUUUAGGCUGUGAACACACAGAGCACUUAAAGUAGCCCCCCCCCCAUUCUGAGAACUGUUGUUUACCAGAGCUACGGUUCCCACCAUCCUUAGCAAACUACAGUUCCCAGGAAUCUUGCAGGAGGUGUAUUUUAAAUAUAUGGCAUGUACUCAGCAUUACACAUAGGGCAUACAGAAUAGACCGGCUUAGAAGAAAUACAACACUAGUUUUCAAACCCUCCUGAAAGUUGUUUGGUUUUUUUAAUUCGUGGAAAUGCAAACAAGCUUGUGAUGGGUUACAUGAAAAAAAGUUAGAAGUUUCAGAUACCUUUUGAAAUUUCAAGCAUUACAAAGUGACUGGACCACUGAAUGUGAGGAACACUCUCCUUUGUCAAGGAAGAAAGAAUGUAGCUUCUGACCCAUCCAAUGGUGGCAUUUCUCUGAAUUUUACUAGAAUGAUUGAGUUCGUGCUCUUAUCUCUGUCCUUGCUCCCAACAGGAUACAGUCAGCAAAUUAGAAAAUGAACUGAGAACUACAAAGAGUGAAAUGGCUAGGUAUCUGAAGGAGUAUCAGGAUCUCCUCAAUGUGAAAAUGGCUCUGGACAUUGAAAUAGCAGCAUACAGGUAAUCUCAGGAAAAUGUUCAGCAAUCACAGAUUUAUUUAUCCCUCCUUCUAAAAAUAAAUAAAUGUAUUUUUGUGUGUGUGUGUUGAAGACUGUGGUCCUAAUUCACCUUUUUAUUUAAGUGCUUUCAGCUGAAAUUGGCGGUGGCCUUUACACACGCAAUGUUUGAUAACAGGAGUGCAAUAUUUUGUUCAGUUUCUCUGCUUCAGCUAGUUCCAAAAUAAAUAAUUUUAACUGAUCUCUAACAUAUGAUUUCACUGAAAACUUAGAAUUAACAUUUCUGUUGGAAUUCGGCAAGCAGUAUAGCUGUGAGCUGCAUUGGUCUUUCACAGACCAGUGAAGAUUUAAAAAUUGACAAAGCUUCUAAAUAGAUUUUAUGACCAGACUUCAUGGCCAUUGAAAGUAUGAAAGUAUUGACAGUAUGGCCAUGAAGGCCCUGAAGUUCAUGAAGGCACUUUGAAGGCAGCUUCACCACCAUCACAAUCAUCUAGUGAGGGUGAUCCCAUGUGAAAAUGAACAUCUGAGUAUCAGUCCUCAGCUGACAUGAAUCAUGAAUCCUGCCCCCAAAUGAUGCCACAUACAGCCUUGGUCAUCUGCAGUUUCUUUGAGCAGAUGAAGACUCUGCCUCAAAGAAAUGGUUGCUCAGCUUUGAUGGUGAUGAUCAUGCAUAGCUCCUCAACAGAUGGCACCAGAUGGAGAAGAUGGGGGCCCCCUGACUCUCAGACAGGUUCUGGGAGUAGUUGGAAGGCACCCAAAGGGUGCAUUUUGGAAACUGAAGCUCAGCAGAUUAUAUAAAUUUUAUAAAAUUAUAGCUUCAGACAAAUAGAAGAUCAGGCCAUGCCCUCAGUGUUACAAAGACAAGGGAAGGUGAGUAGAAGGCAAAAAGUAGAGAAUAGAGAUCUGUUUGAUGAUGUCAGAAGAGCGUGGCAAGCUUGAAAUGGGUGCUUCUAUGCCCCUGGGCCCAGACUGCUUGCUUUCUGAGAGCAGAAGCCAUCUCCUCAGGGCUGCUUCUUUGGUUUGUGCAUGUAAAUAUGAUUGAUUUGUGUGUGUGCGCGCAUGCAUUUUACUCACUCAUGGUAAAUCCAUUGACAUGAUAUUAUUGUCUAAUAGCAAUCUUCUUUAAUAAAUUUCCAUCUUGGUUUCAAUUAUGCCAAUCGCCUGAUGCUCAUGUGCUUCUUCCUCCCCCUCCCCCAGGAAACUUCUGGAAGGUGAAGAGACCCGGCUUAGUUUCACCAGUGUUGGCAGCAUUAGCAGUGGUUAUACACAGAGCGGCUCCACCUUUGGAAGGUCAGCCUACAGCGGUUUGCAGAGCAGUUCCUACUUGAUGUCCGCCCGCUCCUUCCCUGCCUAUUACUCCAGCCAUGUGCAAGAAGAACAGAUUGAAGUGGAGGAGACGAUUGAAGCAUCCAAAGUAGAAGAGGCCAAAGAGUCUCCCCCUUCAGAAGGAGAGGAAGAGGAGAAAGAAGAAGGGGAAGGAGAGGGAGAGGGAGAAGGGGAAGGAGAGGAAGAAGGUACAGUUGCUGUUUUCUCCCUUCCCUAACAAAAAGAGCAAAAUUUGAAAUUUUAAUAAGUUCACAUAUUUUGAAAUGGCUGAACUUUUAAAUUUAGGGAUGUUUUAGCCCCAAAUUAUGACACUUAUAGCUGAAUUAUGUCAUUCAUUUCCUAUUAUUAAGGUUUAGCUUUUUAUAAAAAUCACACACACAGCUUUAUUGUGGUACAUAGACCCAAAAUACACAGUACAACAAUAGUAUAUAUCAACAGUUAUUAAGGUGUAAGAUUGGCCUUGCUAGCCAGUAGAGGAGCUUUAGCCUGUAGAUAUUGAUUUCUGAUUUUUAUAAAAACAACAACAACACUUUUGCUGAUAUGAAAAACAUAGUAUGAUAUGUAAGGAUUUUUUUUUAAAAAAAAACAACACACUAGUGAGUUAAUCUCAGAAGCCUGCACAUUUGAAGUUUCUUAUCUGGAUUUGCUUUGGUUCCAUUUGCUGCAACGAGAUGGUGUCCAUUGUGGAGCAGAGUGCUGUUGGUUCCAGUGUAUUAUUUAUUCCAUUUAAACAGAACUAUUUGCAGAAUCAAAGAAUCCAAGAUUAGCUAAAAUCAGAAAAAUUAUUUUUUAAAUCUAUUUUGAAGACUUCAGAAACAGGGCUGGCCCAAUAUGUUCUGCUACUUGAGGUAAAGCAUGAACCCCCUUCUUCUCCAUCAUGGUGCAUAGUAUCCCUGGGCAUGCACAGAAACUGGUUUAAAGGAACCUUCUCAUUCAGAUUAAUAAGUAGAGCAAACAUAGGGUUGUAUCCAAUGCUAGUCCUAUUCAGAGUGGAUGCACUGAAAUGAAUGAACCUCACUUCCACUGGAUGUCUGACUAAUCCAAAAAGUUCUUCAUAAACUUUGACUUAUUUUCAAGAAGCACUGUCUUGAAAGCACCUGCCUUCUGGACAAAAUAGAGUUUCCCCUUGUUGCAAUUUAAACCCACCCUCUUUGUACUAAUCCAAAAGUAAGAUCUGUUCCCCAGUGGAACGAACUCCUUCUGAAGUUGGUGCACUCUCCUUCCUUAGAGGUUUUUAAGCAGAGGUUGGAUGGCCACCUGUCAUGGAUGCUUUAGCUGAGAUUCCUGCAUUGUAGGAGUUUGGACUAGUUGACCCUUGGGGUCCUUUCCAACUGUACAAUUCUAUAAUUCUGUGAUUCUGUGUCUGUGGACUUCAGUGGGUCUGUUUGGAGCAGAAUCAGCAUUGACUACAACCCAUAAUCUACUAUGCUACUUGCCUGCUCUUCUCAUAUAAUCCAAGAGAUGAGGCCAGGGCACAGCUGAACAUUUGCUCUGAGGCAUGGUAUCCUCCCCCACUUUCACCCCCCCUUUUUCCUGCAUUUACUCAUGAGAAAUUACUUGUGUUGCCUGAACCAUCCAUGUUGGGAAGGCCCGGGAAGUGAGGGGGGCAGCUGCUGUCCUUGCCUUCUGCCCCCUCCCUUUGCCUUCUCAUGUUGAGAAAUGUAUUACCAUGAAAUCCUUUCAAGCAGGGCUUACUCCUGGUCUUCCCCAAGUGACUAUAGAACAGCAUCCAUUGCCAACUCUGCCUACUUCAUGCUGCAGCGAACCAUUCACUCUUUUUUUGUUGUUGUGCCUUUUCUUCCAGGAGCCACGGAAGAAGAAUCUAAAGAGGGUGAAGGAGAAGAGGAAGAAGGCGAAGGCGGAGAAGGAGAAGGAGAAGAAGAAGAGGGAGGAGAAGAAGAGGCUGCUGAGGAAGCAGAUGAGGGAGAGAAAAAGGAAGGUGAAGAUGAGCAAGAGGAUGCUGGUGAAGAAGAAGCCCCUAAAGAGAAGAAGAAGGAUUGAUAUAGACUUGGAUGUAGGUUUCCCAGAUAGUUUAAGUGACUGAGCUAAAAUUGCUGUGCCAUGUAUUUAAAUCCCCCUACUGUUCUUAGGUUUAAAGAAGUUAAUUGUCUCUAUGCCUCUGUUUCCCCCCUCCCCUUUUGAUGCAAAGGAACCCUAACGCUUGCCAUGUGUCCCACUGGCUGCUACCAAACUAAGCAUGGUGUCUUCUAAUGAGUCCCAGAGCAACGUGCAAUUUGACUGAUUCAAACCCAAGUAGAUACCUACGUAUAUUAAAAUUCAAAUCAAAUCAAAUUUUAAAAAAGCAGGGAAGCCAGUAGGGAAGGGGGGGAAAUAUAUAUAUGUCAAAGCUACUUUCAAAGUUGUUCUGGAAACCUUGGAUGGCGACUAACAAUAAUAACAACAAUGAAGUCUGUGAAAUCAAGCUAGUCAAUAAAGUUAAAACAAAGCUGCAUACACAA